CGCCGGGAGUUGUAGGCGGAAGAGGGGCUGUGAGAGCGGCGGGAGGGACGGUUUGGGGGGUUCCCCCGACGUGGCGAUCCCCCCGCAGGUACCGCCCGACCGCACCGGGCCGGGUGCCAUGGAUGCCCUGCACGAGGCCGGGAUCUGGGCAGCCCUGGCCCUGCAGGCUGGGCCACCCUGGCUGGAGCAGUUCUGGGUCUACCUGACAUCCCACUUCGAUCCCAAAUCCAUCUACACCUUCUGCUUCCCGCUGGCCCACGGGCUGGAUGCCCGGGUGGGGCUUAUGGUGCUCUGGAUCGGGCUCGUGGCCGAGUGGCUCAACGUGGUCCUCAAAUGGUUCCUGUUUGGGGAACGCCCGUACUGGUGGAUCCAUGAGUCUGGGUUGUUCUCCCAGGAGGAGCUGGAGAAGUUACCACUGCGCCAGUUCCCGGUCACCUGCGAAACGGGACCAGGGAGCCCCUCAGGCCACUGCAUGAUCCCCGGGGCGGCCCUGUGGCCACUUGUCACCGCACUGACAGCUGAGGUGGCCCGGAGAACCCGCAGCCGGGUGCUGAGGCUGAUCCCUUUCCUUGCCUACACCCUCUUCCUGGUGGCCAUGGGGCUCUCCCGGAUCUUUGUCCUGGCCCACUUCCCCCACCAGGUGCUCACUGGCAUCCUGGCAGGGUCGGCGCUGGGCUGGGGGCUGCAGCGCUGCCCCCCCAACUUCCGUGUGUUCCGGUUCUUCGUGGCGGUGGCUGUGGUACUGAUGCUGAGUGCACUGGCCCUGCACAGCCUGGCCACGGCUGCUGGCAUCGACCUCGACUGGUCCCUCCGCCUGGCCAGCGCCUGGUGCUCGGACCCGGCGUGGCUGCGGCCAGACACGCGGCCCUUCGCCUCGCUGUGCCGGGUGGUGGGCAGUGCCCUGGGGCUGGCCCUGGCCGCCGAGACCCCCCCGCGCCGCCGGGACGAGGAGCAGCUCCUGGAUGGCCGCCUGCGGGUGGCGAGCACGGUGCUGGCCCUGCUGGCCCUGCAGCUGGUGCACAGGCUGCCCAGGCCCUCGGACGCGGCCGCCCUGUACAGGCACGUGGUCGUGCACUACGCGGCCGGGCCCUUCCUGGUGGUCUCAGUCCUGCCCCGGUUAGUCAUCGCCCUCAGGAGCUUCCUGGAGCCCUCCCAAGUCCCCACCACCACCAAUUAGGAGGCCUCCGCCCUUGUUCUGGCUUGUUCUCGACCUCAUAGAGUAGGGGGAUCCCUGACCUGCCCCGGCUCAUCUGAGAGCCCCCCACACUGAGUAGGGGGGUGCCCACUCCCUGCCCUGGCUCAUCCGCAGCUGCGCCCAGGGUCCCCCCCCACUGAGUUGCGGUCCCCCCUCCUGCCCUGGCUCAUCCUCACCUUCACCUGCCCCCGAGACCCCUCAGACUGAGGAGGAGAGUCCCUGCUCAUCCUCACCUGCCCCCAGGGACCCCCCACACUGAGCAGGGAUCCCCCUCCUGUCACGCUUCAUCUUCACCCCCCCCUCCCGGCUCUGCCCUUUGCUGUGCCCAUCGCCGGUGGCUUCAGGCCAGGGGAACCCCUCCAGACCUCCCCAGUUGUUGCACUAACAGCCCUGUCCCCCCUCCCCCGGGCAGCAGGACCCCCCCGGGGGGGGCAGAGCUGGGGAUGCCCCGUGCCCAGCAGGUCUGGGGACACAGCAUAGGGACAGCCCCAGCCCGGGGGUCACUGACCUGCCAACCCCCACACCUCUAGCUACCCCAGUUCUCCCAGUUCUCCCCUCUCUGGAGCAGGGAUGGGACCCCCCUCCCCAACGCCGGGAGCCCCCCUUAUACCACCGGAGGUGGGGGGGGUCACCUCGUUUCUUACCAAAUAAAGCACCAAAACCAACCCA